CGGCGGUGAGGCAAGUCUCGGAGGUGGUGGUGGUGGUGGCGGUGGUGGUGGACGAGGAAGAGAACGACAGCAGGAGUAGCAGGAGCAGCAGGGAGCGAGGGAGCGCAGCGCAGCGGAGUGGAUCAGCGGCAGCAGCAGCAGCGGCAGCCUCAGCCAGGCAGCCAGUGAGGGUCGAGCCGCCGAGCCGUGUGUGCGUGUGUGUGUGCCGCAGCGAGUGACGGACGAGUGAGUGUGUGUGUGCAGUGAGCCUCGUGCGUGCGUACGUGCGUGCGUGGGAUGAGCGGAGUGCCUGAGGGGGGAGGAGGAGGCAGUUGAGGGUGACAGACGCAGCAGCAGCAGCAUGCGGCAGCGCGGCGUGCAGGGCCCCGAGGGAGUCGGCGGCGGGGGCGGCGCGGCGCGCGUGCGCAAGGCGUCCUACUACGUGUGGUGGCUGGGCGCGGGGGAGUGCCGCGGCCUGCGGGGCGGCGAGUGUGUGCGGCCCGUGCUGGCGCGGCUGCUGGCGCGGGAGCGCGCCGCCGCCCCCGACAAGGUGACGCUGCAAGUGUCCGCCAAGGGCGUGCGGGUGCUGGCGGCGGGCGGCAUGGGCGGCCCCGGCGGCGGCGGCGGCGCGGCGCGGCACUUCAUCCCCGCCGCCGCCAUCACCUACGUGCAGCAGGAGGCGCGGCCCGAGGACGACCUGGUGAGCGCCGUGCUGCUGCUGUACAACCCCGCCACGCGCUGCCCCGUGCACGUGCACGCCUACCGCUGCGACAGCACGGAGACGGCGGGGCUGCUGCGCGACCACCUGCAGCAGCUGGCGGGGCGCCCCGAGCACCAGGCCAAGCUGGCGGCCCUGGAGUCACGGCUGGCGGCGCGGGGCCUGCUGCCCGGCCCGCACCACGCCCCGCACCCCGCGCCGCCCCGCUCAGACGGCGCUUCCACGGGCUCCUCGGGCUCCGCCUCCUCCGGCACGCCCGGCGAGCGCGGCGGAGGCGGCGGCGGCAGCAACGUGUCCUCGCUGUACGACUCGUUGGCGGCGGAGCUGCGGGAGAAGCUGGGCAGCGGCGGGGGCGGCGCGCCCCUGCUGCUGCCGCCCCGGGACUACGACACGACCCUGAACCCCGCCCCGCCGCGCCCCACGCGCAAGGGCCCCGCCAGCCCCACCACUGCCACCACACCGCCGCCGCCGCACGACGACGACGACCACGCCACCAGCAGGUCCUCGGGCAUCGGCAGCGACGACCACCACAGCACGCCCUCCCCCACCCAGGGCCUGGCAGAUGAUGACGAUGAUGUGGGCUGGCCGGGCUACGCGCACCCCCCAGAGCCCAGCUACCCCCGCGGCCCCCCCCAGCGCCCCCACACACCACCACGGGGCCGACCACGGGGCAAUGAAUCCCCCGUGCGCGCCCCGGUCCCCAGACACCUCUCCCCCGUGCGCCCCGUUGCCCCGGUGCCCCGAGACCUGUCACCGGUGAGGGCCCCGCACCACCACCACCACCACCCCCAGCACCAGUACCCCGCAGCAGCUCCCCCGCACCACCACCAGUUUCAGCACCAGUACCCGCCCCAGCACCAGUACCUGCAGCACCACCCGCAGCACCCACACCGCCGGCAGAGGUGCCCCCCCAGGGAAAGGAGCGCCUCGCCCGCUGCCUCGCCGCGGGAGCGCUUCCAGGACGCCCGUGAAAAGUUCCGUUCCCUGGAACGCUGGGGCGCGCCCCCCACUUCGCCCCACCACUGGGAGGGGCCGCCGCCCCAGCCCCGGCACCAGCCCCGCGCCGCCAGCCCCAGCCGGGAGCCCCGCGAGACCCGCCGCUACCACCGCAGCCCCGAGCGGGACUACCAGCGCGCCCGCUCCAUGCACGACCUGUCGGGGCGACGGGGCGGCGGGGCGGUGCACGACCCCCGCCGCCGCUCCCUGUACGAGGAGAGCGACACGCCGCGCCGCUACCGCUCCCACGCCAGCCUGGGGGGGCGGCGCGCCUCCUCCGCCUCCUCCUGCUCCUCCUCCUCCAGCGGGAGCUACGUGCCCCUGCCUGACGCCCGCCGCCCCCCCGGCCUGGACCGGGCCACGGCGCGCCCCGACCCCCUGGAGCCCGCCCCGACCCGCCCCGGGCACCACCACCACCACCUGCCCCGCCGCACCUACGACUACCCCGUCAACGGGGGCAGCGCCCCCCUGCACAUGACCCGCGCCGGCCCCGGCUUCCUGCACGACGACCCGCCCCGCCGCGCCCCGCGGGGCACCACCGCGCCACAGUUCAUACGUGGCGGCGUUCGGUACUGAGGUGCCGCGGAUGUGCGUGUCACGCCCCGCGUCCCGAGGUGACGUGACGCGCCGCGGGGCUGUGUCGUCCUGCUGUAGUACAGAGCGCGGCGGGCAGUGCCGUGCAGCCGCCGCCUGGCCACGCCCAGCCCCGGGCGGGCACGGACCAGCCUCGCCGCCUGUUAGCACCUGCCGCGGCAGUGUGCGGAGGACGCGGCGCUGGAGGCUCACCCUCGCGGGGCUGCCGCCGAU